AUGGAAAAUAACGCUAGCUCUAAUAAUAUUAACGCCAAUACUAAUAAUAAAAACAUCAAAGGAUCAAAAACGCAACAAUCACAAAAGGCUGGUUGUAAGAAUAAUCGGAAAAAAGUUUUAAAUAAUGAAAAAACUCCAAAGAGACCUCUCAACGCAUUUUUUAUAUUUGUUAAAAAAUAUCCUAAUUAUACUGCAAUCAAACGUGCUUCUAUUAUUAGAAAAUUGUGGAGUUCCAUGUCCAAAAAAGAAAAAGAGAAUCAUGAUAAUGUUAAAAAUCAAACGAGUAACGUUGGUGGUGUAGAAGAUGACGAUUUUAAUAUCUCAAUGCCUAAUAAUAAUAACGACAACAAUAGCAACAAUUGUAAUGCUUGUGGUAAUAUACUAACUCAAAAUAUGCUAAACUUUCAGUCUUACCAGUCGCAACAGUCAUCAUUACUAAUACCUCAACAAAAUGACUUUAAAACUUAUUGUUUCCAACAAAUGUCAUUUCCACAACAACAACGUCACGAUAAUCAAUUUUAUUCUCAUGAUAAUAAUAACGUAACUGUAAAAAUGGAAUCAGUAGAUAAUUUUGAACCAAUUGCAACAUAUGAUAUUACAAACAAUGAAUUAUCCACAAAAACCACAAAAAUGGCAAAAUAUCCCACAAAGAAAUCUUUUUCUUCCUAA